UGUAACAUCAAUAACAACAACAACAACAACAACACAUGCCACCACGUAAGCUAGACAUACAGUUACAUACUAGUUUUCAAUGAGGUAUUAUGCAUUUCUCAACAGACAGAAGAGCACACAUUUUUAAAAUUGUUUAUAGAGAAUACGGUAAGUGAUCUUCAAAGGAAAAACAACUAGACUGGUUUUGACCCGUUUGCUAUUUUUUCGUUUUAGGCGUAGCGCAUUACUGAAAAUUAUCAGUUCAAUAUUAUUUGAAGUAGACGCCUGCAGAACGACGCAAAAUUGUUAAAGUUUAUACUAAAUACUCAGCAAAAUGGGACUUCUCAGUGGAGCUUGGUGCCCAGUUUUGGUUGUCACAGCGUCAUCGUUUACAUCACUGCCAGUUGCAUAUUUUCUUAACAAGCUUGACGCGAUGAAAGAUGACCGCCUUGUUUUUGUCACCGGGAUUGUUUGUAUGAUUCUCGCUUUAUUGAUUCCAGCGCUCUGCAUCCGCCGUUUCUUCCGAAACGUGGAUCCACUCAUUUAUGCCUGUUGUCUGUUUUCCUGGAGCUCUGUGCUAGAUCUUUUCAUAGCUCUCGAGUUGGACCAUUAUGUCAAGGGAUUUAUGGCCUUCUACUUCAUGGCAGGGGAGCCAUACCUCGAGACAUCCUAUGGGACUCUAGUUAACUACUGGGAUGGCACGGCACAUCUCUUUAUGUAUCUGGCUAUGGUCUUGCUUUUUUGUCUCAGACGGAGCUACAGAGAAGUUGGCUUGUUCUGGGUUGGGUCCAUUAUGAACAGCAUGGUGGUGUUCAUGCCUGGGAAUGUCAUAGGUACUUUUGAUGUGAAAUGGUCAUACCUGCUGAAUAUCCCCUAUAUGCUGAUACCACUGUGGGCUGGAUUCAAGUUCUUCAGAGAGAGACCGAUGUACAUCAAGUCAUACUACAUAGUGAAACCACUGUGGACACGUCGCUUUGAUUGUUUAUUUGUUGUUUAUUUUAUUGGUGCUGGAGCCUUGGCUGUAUUCAGGGGUUUGGCCGUUCUGGAUUGCAAGUCAGCACUUAUGUCAGACUAUAUCUCCAACAUUGAACCAUAUCUAAAAGAUCCCAAUGGCUACCCUAAAAUGCAGAUGUUGUGCUAUAUGUACUACUAUCUGUUCUACUACCUCUGUGCUAUCUAUGGCAUGAUGCAUCUCAAACAGGGAUGGCUGGCAGAUUGGGCUCUUCUUCAUGCUGGGGCAUCACUACAGGGUCAGUUUGUUCACAUACUUGGGUCAAUGCACAGCAGGACUGCCCCUUCCCUUCGGAGUCCGACCACUGGAUUGAAUGGACUAGCUUUCUGGACCAUCAACCUCAUCCUUCUGGUUGUACCGCAACUGUUUGCCUGGAGAUGUGUCCGCGAUCCCGAGAACUGUGGCCGCACCUACACCAUCGAGUUGGCUGAGCCAAGAAACAGCACAGAGAAUUCUGAGAACUACCGGACAAAACGUGACUGAAGAAGAGUGCAGCUACUCAUUUCUGUUUACUCUCACUCAUUAUCAUAGUGCUCUUUAGGAGGAAUUCGUAAUACUGUUUUUUAUUUGUAAUAUAUUAUACAUGUAUAUAUUUAAUUACAAUACCUCUGCAUUUUUAUUUAUACAAUUUUUGGAUGAUUUUAUGGUGCAGAUUUACAUAUACAGUGAAACCUCUCCAAACUGGACACCCAUGGAACCCAGUAAAAAAUCUGCUUAUUUGGGUUAGCCAGUUAAGAGAGGUUCAGUUCUCUUCUGUUAUUUAAAAAGAGACUGACAGACCUCGCUGUUUAAGGUGAGCCAUCGCUCUCACUCACCUAAGACAGGGCUUCUAGAAUUUUAUAAAAAUCCACUAGCCAUGGGAUUAGUGAUUUUAAAAAUGUACUAGCCAUGAUUAAAAAUGUACUAUUCCUACUUUAAAUAAAUACAAUUUUACUAACAGUAAUAAUCAGAUAUGUCACCUAAAGAGGGAGAUUGAGCUUAAAAAUCCUUAGUCUGGGGUGGAAGGAGGGCAAGAUAUUCAUAUUUACAAAAUAUGUAAAUGCAGCAUUUGACAAGGUUUUUUUUCCACUAGCCGUCUGGCUAGUUAUAGUAAUUAUUUACUAGCCCAACACUGAAUAUCACUAGCCAUGGGAGAGGGGCUACGAUAAUCUAGAAGCCCUGCCUAAGACUAGCUCAAGGAGAGUUGUUUUUAGCUCUCCUUAGCAUGUGAAUGUAUAUGGUAUCAAUAUGGUAAUAUCUUAAGUGCCCUCCAUCUCCUAUAAUCUGAAGUGCCCUUCGUCUCCUAUAAUCUGAAGUGCCCUCUAUCUCCUAUAAUCUUAAGUGCCCUCCGUCUCCUAUAAUCUUAAGUGCCCUCGUCUCCUAUAAUCUUAAGUGCCCUCCAUCUCCUAUAAUCUUAAGUGCCCUCCGUCUCCUAUAAUCUUAAGUGCCCUUCGUCUCCUAUAAUCUGAAGUGCCCUCUAUCUCCUAUAAUCUUAAGUGCCCUCCGUCUCCUAUAAUCUUAAGUGCCCUCCGUCUCCUAUAAUCUUAAGUGCCCUCCGUCUCCUAUAAUCUUAAGUGCCCUCCGUCUCCUAUAAUCUGAAGUGCCCUCCGUCUCCUAUAAUCUUAAGUGCCCUCCGUCUCCUAUAAUCUUAAGUGCCCUCCGUCUUCUAUAAUCUAAGUUAGAAGAGCAAUUAAUCACUUCCCCUCAAUGUUUUUUUUUACAGCAAGGUUUGCUGUGAAAAACAUCUAAUUUUGAGAGAAUUCUGGUUUACCGAGGGUCUGUUUUAGAGGUUUACUGUACAAUAUAUUGUCAUUAUACAUGCAUAUUGUUACUUGUUUUAAAUGAGCAUUGUCGUUUCUGUUUUAUAAACACAUUGUUGUUAAGCUUGUAGUUCGCUGCAAUAAUAAAUAUGUUGUGUACAUCAUUCUGCGGGAAAAUCCUUCAGUGACCUCCAUAACCUCCAUAUAUCAACCGUAAGUUCAUGUUGCCUACCAGCUUGCACAUUUUUUCUAAAACAAAAACAUUCUGGGUUACAAAGAUCCAAAUACACCAUAGACGAUUGUUUCAUUGCAAAUGGAGCGGGAUGUAGCUCAAACGCGUCAACGUCGGUUUUUUUUCGAUCAUUCCAGAAGCGAUUUUUGCUGCUUGCUGCUCUGACGCGCACAGAAACCCCCAGUUUAUGGUGUCAUAAUGCUGUAAUAUUUUAGGUAUUCCACCAAAAAACCCCACACCAUUGACGAAUAUAUUUAUUUUACUGAAAAACAAUGCCAAAACAAAAUAUUAACGAAGAAAGGUUGAUCAUAGAGGUGCAGAAACAUCCAUGCAUAUACGACAGCCAAUCGGUUAGUUACAAAGUAACGGAAAUGGCAGCCAAUGCAUGGUAAACAAUAUCAUGUACCCAAAACCAAUUUACUCGAAAUUAUCUUCCUGGGAGCCAUGCUUUCAAAUCAAAUCUGUUUUUCUUUUUUUGUUUUCAGCUUUUUUCUCUCUCUUAAUUCUGCUUGACAUGCUGUGUAUAUGUGGGCAUUAUUGAUGCUUCACUGCCGAUGUGCUGCACUAGUGAGGGACGGCCUUAAUUUCAUGUUAACUACUGAUACAAAAACUUCCAUGUCAUUGUUUUGUUAUGGGUUACGCUGUGAUCUUUAUGGGUGCAACUGACAGGGCAGGAUAUGUCAGCUUUUUGUAAACACUACUGGCUAGUUCUGCCAAUUGUUUGUCAGCGUUUUGUAAACACCAGUGGAUAGUUCUGCCAAUUGUUUGUCAGCGUUUUGUAAACACCAGUGGGUAGUUCUGCCAGUUGUUUGUUAUCUUUUUGUAAACACCAAUGGCUAGUUCUGCCAAUUGUUUGUCAGCGUUUUGUAAACACCAGUGGAUAGUUCUGCCAAUUGUUUGUUGUUUUGUAAACACCAGUGGAUAGUUCUGCCAAUUGUUUGUUGUGUUUUGUAAACACCAGUGGAUAGUUCUGCCAAUUGUUUAUCUUUUUGUAAACACCAAUGGCUAGUUCUGCCAAUUGUUUGUCAGCGUUUUGUAAACACCAGUGGAUAGUUCUGCCAAUUGUUUGUCAGCGUUUUGUAAACACCAGUGGAUAGUUCUGCCAAUUGUUUAUCUUUUUGUAAACACCAGUGGAUAGUUCUGCCAAUUGUUUGUCAGCGUUUUGUAAACACCAGUGGCUAGUUCUGCCAAUUGUUUGUCAGCUUUUUGUAAACACCAGUGGAUAGUUCUGCCAAUUGUUUGUCAGCGUUUUGUAAACACCAGUGGGUAGUUCUGCCAGUUGUUUGUUAUCUUUUUGUAAACACCAGUGGAUAGUUCUGCCAAUUGUUUGUCACUAAUGCUUGCUGGACUGGUUUUUGUGCUAUCCGUUAAAGCAAAGGACCACUGCAGGAACCAGUCAAAUUAAUUUGCAAACGUUUAGCAAAAAAAUUCUGUUUGAACAUGGGCCUGGUAUUAUAACUCUUUUUUUUCAGGGACUCAUGCAGCAUGUUAUCAUGACUUUGUCAAAAUGUUGCUGUGACUGCAUUAUAUUAAAUCAUUCUAUAACUUUGACUUUGGAAACUGUUUUGUUCAGAAGUAUACCAAAAUAUAGUAAACAUUAUUUUAUGUGUGUGUGUGUGCAACUUGUUGGCCUUUAUUUCGAGGGAUCAGAUUUCAAAUAUCUCAUCUCAAUGCAUUAAACAUUUUUACCAUUGUUUUGUCAUUCUAUACAGCAUUAAGGAUAGGUGUAAGUCGGAAAUUUAAGUAGAUUCUCAGGUGCCUAAAGCGAUUUACAAGCGUAGAAUAAUUAUUGUACCAAUUUUAUAGCUGACAUAUUAAUGGUGCUAUGUACAGUUACAUGUAGUCAGGAUUUUAAAAUUGUUGUUGUAUUUGGCAGUCAACUUACAUUUUUAUAUACCGAAUGGUACUAUAUGUACUAGGAGUGUCACAAUACACCGAUGUAUCGAUGUAUCACGAUACUGCUACUGACGAUACGAUAUACGAUAUGCUUGUUUGUGGUAUCGAUUCUUAUUUUGACUGUAUAUAUUACUAUUUUAAUAUUUAUAUUUCCUAACACCAACUUAUUGACAAAUUAUUUCCGUUAAGGAAAGAUAGUGAAGUGGCGAGAGCAUAUUAUGUCAUUGCUUAUGUCUCUAUGUAAUUUUUGUGUGGUAUUUCUGCCCUAAAAUUGUUUAAUGAAUGUUUUUUUCUUUCUUUUAACAUGUUUAUUUCUUCUUUUGAAAUCAUUGCACCUAAGGAAAACACAGUGAAUCGGGAAUCAUUAUAUGUAUCAUAUUCUGGGGUAUGUAUCGUGAUAUGUAUCGUAUCAUGGGGUAUGUAUCAUGAUAUGUGUCGUAUCGUGGGAUCUGUAUCGUAUCGUGAGGUAGGUGUAUCCUGACACUCCUAAUAUGUACUUAUUUUAGGUAGACAGACAGUGAAAUAAGCAUAAUGUCUGGUAACCCAUGUACAGGUUACCAUAAGAUAUGGGUGUUGUAACCUACAUGUAUAGGUUACGAAACAUUUACUGUAACAAGUUGACAAAUCUGAUUAUUUUCACGGUGACUAUAACUAAGUUCUUCACAGACAUACAGAUACAUGUACUUUUUAUGAGUACUUGUAUCCAUGUGCAUCUACUAUUUGAGAAACCCAGUUUAAUAUCUAAUGGGCUACUUUUGUUUUAUAGCAGCAAGGGAUCUUUUUUAUGCACCAUCCCUUAGGCAGGAUAGUACAUACCAAGACCUUUAUUACACCAGUUGUGGAACACUGGCUGGAAUGAGAAAUAGCCCAAUGGGUCUGCUGACGGGGAUCGAUCCAAGAUGGAAAAAAACUACCCAAAAACAAAAAGAAAUCUCAUGUAAAUGAAUAUGAAAUGUAUUUUUAUAACUCAUAAAUAGAUUAUCUACAUAAAAUUAACAUAAUAUAAUAUAAUAUACUUUAUAUAUUUAUGCAUGUAGGUAGAUAGAUAUGCACAGGGGCUGAUGCAGGAUGAUUCUAGGGAGUGAAGGAAGUAAGGAAAUGUUUUAUUUAACGACACACUCAACACAUUGUAUUUACGUUAUAUGGUGUCAGACAUAUGGUUAAGGACCACACAGAUAUUGAGAGAGGAAACCUGCUGUCACCACUUUAUGGGCU